AUGCUGUUCUGCCCGACGCGCACCUGCAGCGCAGAGGGCGACCUGCUCGACACCCACCCUCCACCGUACAUACCCGGCCCGUACACAUACACGACAGAGGAGCCGACGACACGCGUACCGUCGCUCGUGAGCCUGUGCAUCCGCGCACUUGUCCCCUUCCCCGAGCAGGUCCACCAGCUCCCUGUCCGCCUCAUCCUCCGACCACACCGUGCACGUGCACUCAUCGACGACCUCGUCCCUGACCCCGCCGUCGUUGACCCCCGCCUCUGGGCCACCCUCGUCCAGGUCUACGACUCCCUUCCGCGCUCCUUCGCUUCCUACACCAUCCCUCUCGCCGACACUCAUCUCCCCUUGCUCCAAUCUAUUCCCCCUUCUGCUUCGUUCUCCCUCGUCACCGUCUUAGAACUCCCGGCCUGCGACCAGCUAACAGAUGACACGGUCCUCCAGCUCAAAUUCUUGCACGCUCUCACCGCGUUUGAUGCCUCGGAGACCGCGCUGACCGCCUACGGCGUGAAAACACUCACGGCCACACUCCAGUUCGAAGAAGCUGACGAUGCAAACGUGCCAAGCUGUCGAGGUCCUUGGUACCUCCGUGUCCUGUCUCUCAGAGGUUGUAGAAGGAUCACCAAUGAUGUAUUUUCCUCCAUCAACAAGUUUCCUUUGCUUUCAGCGCUAGAUCUACGUGGUACUUUAUGCACUCAUAAUUCCACUUCACUCUUCCGUCCAUCCGAUGAAGACGACCUGUUCCACCCAACACCCAUCCGAGACGCCUUAGCCACCCUCCAAUCUUUCCAAAUCAACCUCCACUCCUCUUCCAACCCGUAUACUAUCCACAUCAACACCCUCUACCACCGACCUACCCACCACGCGCCAAAAGCACCCACCGUCGCGCCGCAAGACGCGUUCGUCGUCAUCCCAUCUAAUAACAGUCGCGUCAGCGUCGGCAUCACGCACAUCCUCGACCAACAAAUCCAGGCGCGGGAUGACGAGAUCAAACACGCGCGUAACAAACAAGCAUGGUACGACAGACAGGAUCGAAUGGAAGCUCGUGGCUGGGAUGUGGACGAACAGUCAGAAGAGAGCAGCAGGCGCGACUACUUACGCCAAAAGGCUGCAAGCGACCUUUCGUCGAAAAUGACGCGUAUCAGCGCGGUUGCCUCAGCAGGACCCACCUUACGCGCUUCUGGCCCCAAAACUCCAUCACCUACAAAUUUAUCCCUCACACCUAACCGGGGCCUCUCCACCUCCGCCGCUAGCACUAGCGUUGGACCCACUCGCCUCUCCUCCUCAAGUUCCAAUCGGAAUUCCAUCCCAAUCUCAGAUGCCCUCACUCCUGCCCCGAGACCCCCGACGACAAAUCUGACAAACCGUUUGCCUUUUAGCCUUACCCCCGCGUCUGAUCGAGCGCCCGCCGGACAGGGUCGUCUGUCAACCCCUGCAGGUGGAACACGGGGUGACACUGCGGCUUUGACGCGGGCAGGGGACACGAGAGCCUCCGAUGAUGGAGGGAUGAAUAGCGUGUCAGCGCGAAUGGGGGCGUUGACGGCGACGGCGACGGGUGGCCUCACCGCGUCGACUAGGCCCAUGGGUGCUGCUAGUAAUAGCGCCAAUCCACGCGCCAAUACGCCACCAGUAACGCCACCUGUACCGGGCCCCACAUCCUUAGCGCCUGAAACGCGUCCCGCACCCAACCUCCGACCCCUACUCCCCGCCGCUGCCCCCGCAUCAUUCUACCAACCCCUCCCAAGACCCCCACCUCACCCCUCCUCCUCCUCAGCGCGUCUCUCCCUUACAUCCACCUCCAACGCCAACCGCCCUUGCCCACGCACCAAGACGGAAUGGACGUCCCAACCUGACCGGCACCGGCACGACGCCUCCCUCCGGCUCUUCCGGCCCCCGCCGCCCUUCAGCUUCCUCGCAGAGACGCUCGCGAGGCGGCGGGAAGAGCAGAGGGAGGCGAGGCAGCAUAGAGAGCGGAACUUGGCUGCUGUGAGGGGCGAGGCGCUGGCGAGGGUGGAUCGGAGGGGCGCGAAGGCGGAGGGGAUGAGGAGGUUGGAGGAGAGUGCGAGGCGGGAGGUGGAGAGGAGAAGGGGUGGGGGUGGGUGGAAGGAGUCGACGUUUACUCAACCUCUUGUGCAAGGACAGAAGCAGGCGUCGAGGAACCCGUUCCGGAAGCGUCCGUCCUUGCCAGUCUCUCUGCCUUCCUUCGCCUCUGCGUCAACUUCCCGUGAUCCUCCUCAUCCGACUCCUGUCGAAUUCGCACUCGCACACCCGCACCUGUCUCUCGGCGGAUCCUCUUCUUCGCAUACCAGCAGCAAGAAUACCACAAACGAUAAACGAACACCACCACCUUCUGCAUCUUUGAUGUGCCGCGACGAGAAUAGGCCUCGGGUAAGACCCAGAGCCAGCUUUAGCUUCAGCUCUCGAGAUGAACUGGAAAACGUCGGAAGUGGGGAUGGGGGCGGUCGUGGAGAUCCGGGGCGUAGCGACGUCGAUGUCAGUCAGGUUGCGAGUGACAAGGUGCUCAAGCCGAUAUCAGCUGUGCAGGUCCCGGUCCUGUCGGCUGACUUGAGGAAGGAGGCGCUGAAGAAGGAGAAAGAGCUUGAGAAGAGCUUGAAGAGGGCCUCGAGCACAAGUAGCCUCGCGAGUGGUGGUGGCGGUGGUGGGAGUGCGAAGAAGAAGGCAAAGGUGAAGACGAAGGAGAAUGUGGGCGUGAAGCCAUUUGACUGGAAAGGUUGGAGCUCGAGCAAGGGAGGACGAUUCGGGUGCAAUAGGUAG